ACCGUUUAUAGCUCAUUUUUCCUUCUCCAAAUCUGAACCCACAAAUCCAAGCUCCCCAUUUUCCCUCACACUUCUCACACUCCUCAAUUGCAUGUCCUUUCCAAAUCCAUUACCAACUUAACAACUCUGUUCUUUGUAACGUUUGUUCAUCUCUCGCUUCUCAGUGUUUCUGCUACUUCCCUCUUUGUCCUCUUAGGUCUUCAGUUUUGAUCCCUUUCAGCUAAGUUGUGUUUGCUUCUAAUAAAAUACAGAGGAAAAAGAAAAAAAAAAGGAAGAAAAUUUUCAUCUGGGGUCAUGAGAUUUGUUGCAUUCAAGUUCAAUAUUCUUCUCUUCUGAUUCUAAGCUUUAACACCCCCUUCCCUUUUUCUCCUUUUUGGGAUUUUACAUUCAGAUCUCUUUAUCUCUCUCUGGCUCAGAAAAAUGGAAAGAUAACUCUUUUGAGCCAUCAUCAACAUUGUUGUGUCAGUUCAAAGCUUGUGUUUUUUCGCAUUCUCCUUUUUGAAGUUCUCUUCUUGUUGGAAAUUGGAAUUGCUCUAUGCUUAUGAAGUUUCAUUUUCAAGGCUCAUGCUCAAGUUUGAACCUUGAGAAAGUGAUUCCAUUCUCCAAAAUGUGCUCCACUUUGGUUUAAUUUGGUUCCCAUCUCUGCAUAAAGUACCAAUUUUCGGCACUCAAAUUCAUCUUUUUCGGGAAAGGCUUCCACUUUAGGGUCUCCUAUCUUUGUCCUUGCAUAUACAACUCAUACAUGGAUUACAUACCCUAUGAAGUUUCAAGUUACUUUACUGCAAUCAUGUUGAAGUUCAUGGCAACAUUCUGUGGUGGCUUAUUGAAUUUCUGAGCUUUGGAGUUUGGAGUACUAUUCUUUCAGGUGUUUGGUAUAAUUGCCAAGGUGGAAACCAAUAUCUUUACAUUUAGAUGUGACUUUUGGAAUAAGGAUCAUUCAUCUUAAUUUGUCAAUCUAAGCAUACACAGAUAUGCUUGAACAUAAUUCUCACCUUAGGUCACCACUAUUGUUAUGUGUAUCCAUCUGCUUCUUGCUAUAUCCUGUUGUGAGGGCUGACAUACCAGUAGGUUCUAAGCUUUGUGUGGUUGACAAUGGCAGCUGGGUUUCCAAAAAUGGUAAUUUUGCAGUCGGGUUCUUUAACAUUUCGGAUGAACCUAACCAGUUUAGUAUUGGUAUUCGAUUCAACAACAAGUCUAUACCGUAUAGCCAACAAACAAUGGUGUGGACUGCUGGAUUUCAGACUGCAGUAGGUAACAAGUCUUGUUUCCAAAUCACCACAAAUGGAGAUAUGAUCCUGUUUGAUGAUCAAGGAAUGAUAGCAUGGAACAGCAACACCAGUAACAAGGGUGUCGUGUCGGCUUCUCUUCUUGAUAAUGGUAAUCUUGUUCUGAUGGACAGAAAGCAAAAGAUAAUUUGGCAAAGUUUUGAUGAUCCAGAUGAUACACUUCUCCCAGGACAGUAUCUAUCUUGUGAUAAAUCGCUUCGUGCUGCCACUAAGGAUCUAGUGUCCAGUUACUACACUCUUUCCAUGAAUGUUUCGGGACACCUUAUGCUUCGCUGGGAAAGUAAUAUUCCCUACUGGAUAAGCGAAAGCCCCUCCACUUCGAAUCUCACUGCAUAUCUGACAAAUAAUGGAGCUCUACAACUUUUAGACAACAGUUCUAAUGUUGUUUGGAGUGUGUUUGGGGAGGACCAUAAUGAAUCUGUGAACUACCGAUUUCUUAGGAUAGAUGUCGAUGGCAAUCUCCGCCUAUAUUCAUGGGUGGAGGCUUCACAGUCAUGGAGAUCUGUCUGGCAAGCUGUUGAGAAUCAGUGCAAGGUUUUUGCAACUUGUGGUAAACAAGGGGUCUGUGUUUUGUCUCCCUCAGGUACUGCUGAUUGUGUGUGCCCUUUCGAGCAGACCGACACCGGGACCUGUUUGGUUCCAUAUGAACAGAAGUGUGAACCUGGUUCCACUAUGAUGACAUAUUGGAACACACACCUAUAUGGAAUUUACCCUGUUGAUGGUCCGGGUAUCAUAAGUAGCCUGCAUCAAUGUAUGCAAUUGUGCCAGAAUGAUUCAAGGUGUACGGUCGCAACCUUUUCUAAUGAUGGUGUUCCCCAAUGCUCAAUAAAGAAAUCUGAAUAUGUCACUGGUUAUUCAGAUCCGUCUCUAAGCUCGGUAUCAUUUGUUAAGAGAUGUUCAUUUCCAUUUGCAGUAAAUCCCACACUUGGAAGCUCACCUCCAACCAAACAAGCUCCUAGAUUUUGUGUUCCUUGUCUAAUAGGAGCAGCCUCAGGCACAUGUUUCGUUGUUGUUAUCAUUCAGCUUGGAAUUGUUUUCUACAUCUAUAGAAGAAAAAUUUCUACUAGGAGGAAAGAAAAUUUAGCUUCCGCAGGUGCAAAUUCAAAGGGCUUAGUUGCAUUAUCUUUUUCAGAGAUCAAGAGCCUCACCGAAGACUUCAAGGAUCAGAUUGGACCAAAUAUGUUCAAGGGCAUGCUACCAAACAAAUCUCUUGUUGCAGUUAAAGAGCUGAAUGCACCCAUAGAUGACAGGAAGUUUCGGAGUGCUGUUCUGAAGAUUGGAAGCAUCCACCACAGGAAUCUUGUGAAGCUGGAGGGCUAUUGUUGUGAGUUCAAUCAUAGAUUCUUAGUCUACGAGUACGUCAAAAACGGUUCUCUUCAGAACUAUAUAGACGAUUCCCCUCUUUGCAAGAAACUGACUUGGAGAAAGAGAGUUGACAUCUGCUCAAGUGUGGCCAAGGCCAUCAAUUAUCUUCACUCUGAAUGCAGGGAGUUUAUAAGCCAUGGAAAUCUGAAGUGUGAAAAUGUCAUGUUGGAUGAGAACUUAGAAGCCAAGGUGAGUGAAUUUGGGUUUGCAAUAGUAGACGGCAAGGCUGUGUACUCUGGUUUUUCGGCCGAGAGGGACAUAGCAGAUUUUGGCAUGUUAGUCCUAACCUUGUUGACCGGAUGUAGAGAUCAGACAGAACUUUGUGAGUGGUCAUAUAAAGAAUGGAUAGAAGGGAAUGCUGCAAAUGUCAUUGAUAAAAGAAUUGAAGGUGGUGCCAACUCAAAUGAACUUGAACGGGUGUUGAGAAUUGCAUUCUGGUGCCUACAAAGCGAUGAACGUCAAAGACCUUCAAUGUUGGAGGUAGUGAGAGUAUUAGAUGGAACAUUGAGUGUUGAUCCUGCACCACCUCCAUUUUCUGGCCACAGACCAUUGCUGGAAGAAUCUGAGACACAAGAAGAUGAUGUUUCAGAAUCUGACAUUCAGUAGUGGUGAUGUUCCAAAUAAAUUUGUAGGAACUUUGUUCAUUUUAUUUUACAGCUCUAGUCACCUUCAUACUCAACAUGUAUAGUAGUUGGACUAAGACUAACGUUUAGGUGAAAAAAAAAAAGUUUUUUACCCCUUAACAUAUUUGGGGUUGUGACUAUAAACUUUGAAGGCCGUGUUCAUUUGGUAUUUUCAGGAUCUGCAUUAAUUUAAAGUCCUUUUUUUCUGUCCAUUUUUCCCCUUCAA